CACACACACACUCACACACACCCACACCCGCACACACACACAUACAGACUCUCCGAGCUGCCAGUGAGCCGCAGCCGCUCCACGCGUCUCCAUCCCCGCGUCCUCUGCGCACCGCUGUGCCUCUCCGCUCCGUGCGUCCAGCUGUGCGCACAUCACCGGACCUGAAACCGAACUGUUUAAAACCCUUGAGGAAACGGGAAUAUGGCUUCUAAAGCGCUGGAGUGUCUGAAUCUGUCGGAGGAGCAGACUAAAAUUCUGGAGGAGAGUUUCUGUAAAUGCAGCAGGCAUCCGGACGGGACGACGCUCAUGCUGAUCGCUGCGGAGUGCGGACUGUCAGAGCAGGAAACACUAGAAUGGUUCAAGCAUCGCAAUGAACAGUGGAGGAAGGCAGAGGGUCUCCCAGCUAAACACGGAUCGGUGUUGGACUGAAGACUCUGCUGGAUGCCUGAAGCUCUGAGCGGACCCCCUUUUCUCCUGGACAAACUGAACCCACCACCCGUUGAUCUCUCUUUUUGUAUCUAUGAAGCUAUUUGAACUUCCUGUAUGUUAUGUGAAGGUGUUUGUGUUGCUGCCAAUAUAACCGCCAUGUUUACAGAAAUAAACAUAUUGUUAUUAUGAGUUGAAA